CUGACGUUUUUGGUAGGCGUUGCUUUGGCGAGCAGCCUUUUGUUUGGGCGGCCCCGGGGACAGAGUGGGGUCGGUCCGGGGGUUUUUCAGCCUCUCAUUGUUCCCAUUGUGACGAUGCUGCCGCCGCCAGAGACCGGGUUCUGAGCCUCGCCAGCUAGCUCGAGCCCGAUCAGCCCUGCGGAGGGCGGGACGGAAAUCGGGGCCGAGCGGGAGAGGAGACGAGGCUUUGAUUUUUUUUUGAAGGGGCAGGGGCAGGGGCAGGUGUGUUUGCUCUGUUCUCUGUCGGUGGUGUGAAGUAGGACAUCGACAACAAUCACAUCUACACAUCAAAGCUUGGAUCUCCUCCUUCAGCUCGGCAGCAGAGAUAGCCUGUGUCGGCCAUUAGUCUUCACACUCAUUCUCCAGCAGUUCACAUUGUGCGGACUGCUGCCAAGGCGUCCUUUUAAACCGCACUCCCUUUCCCCUCCCACACACACCCCGAAGCGAGAUCGUGCCGCAGACAAAACCAAGCAAAUUUCAACUACUCGCAGAACUGGCUGCACGGGAAACAUCCACCAUCACCCCUUCAACACACGAGAACACCGGGAGGAAGAUGUUUGACAGGCAGAGAAUUCCCUAUGUUUGUUUGGAUAUAAUAUGCAUUAUACUGGCUGGUAUGCCAUUGGGCGUUCUAAAUUUGUUCAAAAUAAAACCGUUUGAAAGAGGUUUUUUUUGUGAUGAUGAAACCAUCAAGUUCCCUUUCAAGAACAGUACCAUCACUUCCACUGUGCUGUAUACAGUUGGGCUUUCACUGCCUAUAUCAGCUAUAAUCAUAGGAGAGUUAGUUUCAGUUCAUUGGAACCGUUUGUACUCAAACUCCUUUAUUAGAAAUUCCUAUAUAGCCACUGUAUACAAGGGAAUUGGUGCAUUUCUGUUUGGGGCUGCUGCGAGCCAGUCCCUGACUGACAUUGCCAAGUAUUCAAUUGGUCGCCUUCGGCCCCACUUUCUCAAUAUUUGCAAACCCGAUUGGACGAAAAUCGACUGCACUUCAGGGUACAUAGAUGAGUUCACAUGUCUGGGUGACCAAAGAAUGACGACUGAAGCACGGUUAUCCUUUUUCUCUGGCCAUUCAUCCUUCUCCAUGUACUGCAUGAUGUUCCUCGCACUUUACCUACAGGCACGAAUGGUGGGUGAUUGGUCCAGACUGCUACGUCCAACAAUUCAAUUUGCCUUAAUUGCAUGUUCAGUUUAUGUGGGUCUUUCACGUGUGUCUGAUUACAAACACCAUUGGAGCGAUGUAUUGACUGGACUCAUCGAAGGAGCUGUUGCUGCCAUACUAGUUGUGAUGUUUGUGUCAGACUUUUUCAAAGUGAGAGUGCCCAGAAUAUCAGCAAAAGAUGAGGAAAAUUCACAUACAACUCUACAUGAGACACAUGGAAACCAUUAUGGCAGAAAUCGUCAGCAAUGAAGAUCGUCAUGGGCAUCAGCGAAUGUAAAUCUGUCUGAUUGUAUUACUGUCAAAACAUAGUUUCAUGAUAAAUACCUACUCAAGUUGAUAACCGUCUAUAUGAAUAAGCACCUGCUGCUAUACCCUCAGAAUCCACUUUGUUAUAUUAAAUGUGCUUACAUACAAUUCAAUUUUGUUUAUAAUUUCAAUAUUUUUAUUUGUACCCUCUUAUAAAGGCUGUUAUCAUUAAAAAUGAUGAGAAGCAGUUAGAUUAGUGCAAAAUGUAAAAUGUUUAUUAAAAUAACAUGAAGCUUAUGUACAGUUUCAGCUGUUGGAAACUUGCUUUGAUGGUACUUGAGUUCCACUAAACACAAUUUCGAUGGAAAAUAAAAAAAUUACACAAAA